AUGCACUGGCACGGCCUAACGCAAGGUGCCUAUCCAUUUUCGGAUGGCACGCCACAAGCCAGUCAAUGGCCAAUUCCCCCCAACCACUUUUUCGACUACGAGCUAAAGAGUCCCAAUGGCACAGCUGGGACUUAUAUGUACCACUCUCACGUUGGAUUCCAGGCCAGUACAGCGGCAGGACCACUGAUUAUUAUCGAUCCUAUAACUGCGCCGUACAAAGUAGACGGCGAAAGAGUCAUCUUAUUACAGGAGCUCUUCAACAAAACAGACCAAGAAAUUCUAACUGGUUUGGAAUCUACACCGGUUAAGUCGGCUGGUAACCCAAAUACGUGGUUGGUCAAUGGUAAGGGAAUAAGCGACUACGGCAUUACCAACUCUUCAUCUGCAUCCCUAGAUGUGAUCGAGGUCGAACCAGGCAUGACGUAUCGUUUUCGGUGCGUAGCUGCGACGUCUACUUCUCUUGCGAUGUUUGGCUUCGAGAACCAUACAGAGCUUGAUAUCAUUGCAGCAGAUGGAGAUUAUACAAAGCCUUCUAGGGUACACGUCGUGCAAAUAGGCUCCGGUCAGCGGUAUGAUGUGCUGUUUAAGAGCAAGACAUGCGACGAGUUACGGCAAUUGCGGAAGCUAGACUACUACAUGCAAGUCGAGAGACGGGAAGAUACGAACAUCACCAGCUACGCAGUUUUGCGAUACAAGAAUUCGUGCGGACCCGAUGCAAUGUUUGAAGACCGCUUAUCGCUCGCCAGGAAUCCGACAACGAGCCCAGUAAACUUGCCGCCAACAAUCAAUGGAUAUCUCGAUUAUGCCUUGACGCCACUUAGAGACGAUGGUAAUUUUCCGCAAGCUAAUGAAGUAACCCGUCGCGUCAUUAUCAACGUUCAACAGGUCAAGAGAGGGUACCAACUAUGGACCCUUAAUAACAAUACGUGGACGGAAGACGCUGCAGACCCUCUCCCGCAUACAACGCCAUUCGAACCAUACUUAGUAGCGUUGUACAGAAAUCAGACCCAAUAUCUGCCUAACUACAACGCAUCCUUGCUUAAUGGAGGUUUAGAUCCCAGCACGAGAACUUACCCGGCAAAGAUAGGGGAGGUUAUUGAGAUCGUUUUCCAGAAUCUAGGAUCUGUUGAUUACAAUGGAACCUCAAAUGGUUCGCUAGACAUCCAUCCCUGGCACGCCCACGGGUCUCACUAUUGGGAUAUUGGCGGCGGAGACGGUGCCUGGAGUCCCGCCACUGCUGAAAAGCAACUUGCGGGCACAGUACCUGUACGAAGGGACACGACGAUGCUCUACCGGUACAACGAGACGACGGACCCUGGAGCGAAGAGUGGAUGGAGGGCAUGGAGGCUACGUAUUGACCAACCCGGCGUAUGGAUGGUACAUUGCCACUUCCUACAACACAUGAUCGGAGGCAUGCAAACAGUAUGGGUGCAUGGGAACGCAAGUGAUAUACUUCGGGUCGGGCAGCCAGACGUUCAGGGAUAUUUGACCUAUGGGGGAGAUGUAUAUGGAAAUAGUAGCCAUGCUCCACGCGUUUUGCAUUUUCACGAGUUGCAAUAG